AUGGCAGGGGCUGCAGGAGUUGUUGUGGAGAUUGGCAUGUGGGCCCACAUGAAGGCGUGCUGUAGAUGCCACACUUCCACGCUGCGCGGUGAGUGCCCGAAAUGCGGCGUCGCCAUUUCCUCCACUGACGGGAGCGUCAAUUCCAGGCAAAAUGGAACGUUCUUGCAGGGAAAUAAUGGGCUCCACGACGGCGCACAGUUACGGCAACCGCUCAAUUCGGACAGCAACAACGUCAAUAACAGCGGCACUGAAAGUGGAGUGCCAAUGGAUGUCUUGCUGCCAUCAACUAGCGCUUUCGAGGGGCGGUUAGAGCUUGUGGAGCUACAGUGCCGCAUGUACCACGAUCAGCUCCAACAGGUCAUUAGAGAAAGAGAUGAACUGCAGAAGAAGGUGCGUGCGAUGGAAGUGCAACGCUUGCUGGGGACAAGCAAGAUAAGGGAACUUAUCGAGGAAAACAAUAGUCUGCGGGCUGUUGUGGAGGAGGCUGAAGUGUGUCUGGGUGUUGCAGAACUCGAACAGCAGGCAUUGUUGGCAGAGACUCAACGUCUGCAGGAGCAUCUUUUUCCCUUGCAACGGCAAUCCGACACAGUGAGGCCAUUGACCAACACAGUCUCUUCCAAUUUCACUGGGAGUUCUCCGCUUCUUUCCACUAUGGCAAAGGCGGAGGUGGCCACAGAGCGGCUUUUACGGAGGAACUUAGCAGCACAAGGCGGCUUCAGUGGUGCGACUCAUGAGAUGGGACGGCGGGAGUUGGUUGCCUCCAACGAGCAACUGGAGGCUCGAUGCCGCGUGCUCGGGCGCUGA